UCAUCAUCGAUGCCAAACCCAGAGUACUGACAGAUGUGUCUGUGAAUGUGUCCGGGAACAUUGUCGUGCAAUGCCGGGAAUUUAUGAAUCUCCGUAGUCUGUUCACGCAUAGCAUGGAUUCCUCAACGGCGUACAUCUUCCGUGCAUCGCAGUUGUCAACUGAGCAAUGAUGGCUUUUCAAGGAUACAGCGUUGUCAAACUCCUUGACUCCGAGGAUUUAAUAACUAUUGUCAGUAACACUUGGCUUAGAGAAGAAGGUUCGUACGCUCAAAUACCUUCAGUGCGGGGUACGCACUACUAUGCAGCGGUGAAAAAUCACACUGCGCCGGAUGUCGAUGUGGUCAGCACUGCCGUGUCCAUAAUCGUUAGCACGAUUAGCUUCCAGCAUGCCCGAGAAAUGGAACGGCAAUCUGAGCGCGGGAUGCUGCCAUCGACAGACGAUACAAUUCCCAUGGGCCUUCCAGCUAAGCGUGCAAUACGCCGGCCCGUCCGUUCUAGCUCCGAUGACGAGGAUGCCGCGCGUCCAAGCAAACCCAAAAGGCCUUCUGCAGCAACAUACGCACGUGCGCCCUCCUCUCUGUUCAGUGGCAUUAGUCCAUCACGUCCAGGGCCAUCAACAAGCAACCGUAAGUAUCGAUUUCAUACUGCCCCUAUUAAACAGUAAUCGCGCCACCGGUUAUUGCUGACGUCCCACCAAGCAAUCUGGAUGUGCUGCAGGAACUGCAGGCCAUAAAAUCCUUAUUUUUAGAUGAGUUGUGUCUCAUUCGAUCAGAAUUGGUCGGCCAUCGCCGCAUGUCCGAAGCGAUGUUGCAAAUGCUACAACGACAAUCCCAAAGUGUUGCGCCGGGACUAUCUCUGCCAUUCAUCUCUCUCAGUGAGCUAAAGAGGUAUGAUGAACGGCUGAAGGAC